UAAUGGUAAGGUUUUCCUGAUGAGGAAGAUGGGCAAAAUUGCACCUAUUGGAAGAAAGCUUGGUUUUACUCUUGGCAAUGUGGUUGGGAUGUAUCUGGCUCAGAACUAUGAUAUUCCCAACAUUGCAAAGAAGCUUGAAGAUUUUAAGAAGGAUGUGGAAGCUAAGAAGAAACCUCCCAGUGACAAGUCCUAAGAGAGCAAUGUUACCCAGGUCACCUCCGUGCGUGCAUCAAGGAUGCAAUUUACCUUUCAGGCAACAAAGAUCAAGUAGAGGGUUGGCGUGGGAGGUUCCUCCACUUUUAGUCUCCAAGAGCUGGAAUGUCAUUCUUUUGAAAGAGCAGCCAUGAACUUUUCCUGGGACUGAUUUGCGAGGGUUUCAGAGUAUGGAUUUACAGCUGAUAUGUGACUGGAUAAGAUCGUUUGUAUUUUUCGUUAUUGCUUUUCCUAAUAUUUUGUAAUCCAUUUUUACCUGAUCCAAUUGGAGUCCUGUUAGUCCUGUUACUAUGCGUACCUCACACUUUGUAAUACCCUAGUUCUUAGAGCAUCGCAAAAGAAAUUAAAUGCAUCAAGAAGUAA